AUGAGAGUUCUCUCAGCCUGGGCCUUGAUGGCAGCCGCGACCGUCACCGCGAUCCCUCAACCGCUUCACAAGAGAGACCCUUUCCCGCCUGAUGGAACCGUCGUCGGCGGCGUUCCUCAUCGUCCUUUCAGAAUCAGACGACAGGCAGCCGCACCACCGGCCACUCCUCAAGGAAACCAACUCAUCCCGGUGAUUGUCGGCGGACCGCAAGACACCUUCGUACCGAACUUGAUCACGGCCCAGGUCGGCGAUGUCGUACAAUUCCAGUUCAGCAACGGCAACCACACCGUGACCCAGAGCGCCGAGGGCGCUGCGUGCCAACCGCUUCAGGACACCGUACCCACCGCCAUUCACAGCGGACACAUUCCCUUCAAGGACGGUCAAGCGAUGGUCGGAACUUUCAACAUGCCGAUUACGAGUACCGAAACGAUGUUCAUGUACUGUGCCACGGGACCUCAUUGUCAGGAGGGCCAGGUGCUGGUCAUCAACCCUACAAACGCCCAACAAGUCGUUCAGUACUCGAAACUCGCAGCAGCUGCCAAGGCAAACGUCGACGGCAAGACGGUGGUUGGUGGAGCGGUUGGACAGAUCCCCUUGGCAAACGCAGCGUUCGUUCCGGCGCCGGCCCAGGGUGCCGGAGGUGGUGGCGGCGGCGGCGGCGGUGGAGCUGGAGGGGCCCCUCCCGCAGCUGCUCCUGCCGCCCCGGCCGCUCCGGCCACCCCUGCUGCGCCUCCCGCCGAAGCCCCCGCCGCUGCUCCGGCCGCGCCCCCUGCGGAAGCUCCCGCAGCAGCGCCUCCGGCCUAA